CAAGUAGCCGCAAGUAGCAUAGUAGGCGAUAGUAGGCAAAGUGCAGAAGGGCAGAGUAGGUUUAUGUAAGAGUUGGGACUUAGGUGACAUUGAAUACCAGCAUAAAGAUGAGUUCUCCAAUCCGUGUUGUAGUGACUGGUGCAGCAGGCCAAAUCGCCUAUUCCUUGCUGUAUCAAAUAGCUAAAGGUGAUGUCUUUGGAGCAGAUCAGCCAAUUAUUCUUCAUUUAUUGGAUAUACCACCAAUGAUGGAAGUACUGGGUGGCGUAGUGAUGGAAAUAAUCGACUUAGCAUUGCCACUGGUUACAGAAAUUGUCCCUACAGCUGAUCCUGCAGUAGCUUUUAAAGAAGUUGAAGCUGCUUUUCUUGUGGGUGCAAUGCCUCGCAAACAGGGGAUGGAAAGAAAGGAUCUUUUGUCUGCAAAUGUUAAAAUUUUUAAAGUUCAGGGAGAAGCACUUGACAAAUAUGCCAAAAAGACAGUAAAGGUGUUAGUGGUUGGUAACCCUGCAAACACCAAUGCACUGGUUUGCUCAAAGUAUGCACCAUCAAUCCCUCGUGAGAACUUCACGGCCAUGACACGUCUUGAUCAGAACCGUGGGCGUGCUCAGAUAGCAGAACGUCUAAAAGUCAAUGUAGGACAAGUUGCAAAUGUGAUAAUCUGGGGCAACCACUCAGCUACUCAAGUGCCAGAUGCUAACAGUGCAACUGUUGAUUUGGGGUCUGGGCCUCUGCCGGUGUCAGAAGCCCUCAAGAAUGACGAAUGGCUAAAAGGAGAAUUUAUUACAACCGUCCAGAAGCGAGGUGCUGCUGUGAUUGCAGCACGAAAGAUGUCGUCAGCAGUGUCUGCUGCAAAGGCUGCAGGAGACCACAUGCAUGACAUUUGGCACGGAACUCUUCCCGGGCAGUUCGUGUCCAUGGGGGUCAUUUCAGACGGAUCAUACGGUGCACCUCAAGACGUCAUAUUCUCUUUCCCAGUUACCAUUGAAAAUAAGGAAUGGAAGAUAGUUCAGGGCUUGCAGAUAGCAGACUAUCACAAACCUCUACUUGAAGCCACAGGUAAAGAACUUCUAGAAGAGAAAGCCGAGGCUCUAGAAGUGUGUGAACACUGACGGGCAGCGCCCCCAACCAUGGUAACAUCACGACGACGCUGCAACAUGUAGUACGUUGUGUCUAGCCACAGUAUGCUCAUAUGACGGGAUAUUAUACAGCAAGCAUUUCAACUGACAUCAUGGUUGGAGGGCAUAAGCACAUGUUGAGGAAAAGAACAUAUCAUUUUAUGUAUGUACUACCUCACAGAGAUAAGAUAUUUAAUUCCAAAUAUGUUGUUAAAUUGUAAUCAAUCAUAUAUUGUUAUUUUCAUGGUUUUGGUAUUUAUUUUAAAACAAGUCACGGAUUAAAUUGUUACUCAUUGGUAUAAUGUAAUUUGAGAUGUCUGUACAAGAAUGGAAUGGUUUGAAAGCAGUUUAGAUAAUUUGAAAGUAGGAUAUGAUUCUCUCUCUCUGUCUACAUCCAAGUUUCUGCUGUGCAUAUUAAUAGGAGGCCUGCAACUGAAUUUUCGUUUCGUAUUUACUGUAUGCGGAGCCAGGAUAACUGUUGGAAUAGUGACAAAGGUUAUGUGGACUCGAUGACUGGAACUAGGAUUUGAUUCCUGGCAACAGUAGGAGACUUUGUCUUCACAGCAUCCAGAUUGGCUCUGGAGCCGACCCAGCCUCUUAUAUAUUGAGUAUUGGGUGACCCCUCAUAUGUCCUGAUGGCAUGGCACUUUUUAAGCACAGGGACGACUUUACCUAAUUACUGUACAGACAUUUCGAUGAUAUUUGGUGGGAGAACAAAUUACUGGUCCUUUAUUCUUCCUGAGUACUGCAACAGGUGGUUAUUACUCCAAACUGUGCUGUCAUGUGAAAGGGAUUGGGUUGAACUGGUGACAGAAAAGGCUCUUUGUUAUUUGCUACUGUUAUAUACCAAUAUAUAUGUAUAUAGUAUUAAAUGUGUGUUGCUGCAUUUCUAGCUUUUACAGCUUUAUCAUUCACAUUCGAACUAAUUUUUGUUUGUGAAUGGUUAAGAAGCCAUUAGUAUAUGCUGUAUAGCAUUAAUCAGGGAUAACUCAAACAUUCAAGAUAUUUAUUUGUGCUGCUACGCUCGGGAUAUUGACUUAAUUUUGCUCACUUAUUAGAUGAUACUUUAAAAAUGUAUUAUAUUUGGGAAUAAAGGAUAUUUUAAGUGAU